CCCGGUAACAACACAUCUCACAAAUUUUUACCCUCCAUAUCAUAUCCUAUACAGAUACCCGAUAGCUAUUAUAAUCUGAAAUGGCCACCAUGUCGAACGAAAUGGAAGUCGACCCCCCGGUUCAGCAAGAAGAGGAGGCGCCAGCACAAUCCGGCAACGGCAACUUCGAACCACGAACAGAGCUGGGCGCCGUCCCGGUGCGCAGUAUUGAGGGAUGGAUCGUGAUAGUAACAAAUAUCCACGAAGAAGCAUCCGAGGAGGACGUGACAGACCUGUUCGCAGAGCAUGGAGAGAUUAAGAACUUCAACUUGAACCUUGAUCGCCGGACGGGUUAUGUGAAGGGAUACGCUUUGAUCGAAUACUCAACCGUCACCGAAGCCGACGAAGCCGUCAAGUCGUUGAACGGCUCCAAAUUGCUCGAUCAGACCAUCAACGUCGACUAUGCUUUUGUCCGGCCACCGCCAUCAGGUAAAGGGAAGGGUGGUGCACCCAAGAGCGGUCGUGGUGGACGGGGUCGCAGCAGGAGUCGCGAGAGGAGUCGCAGUCCGGGUGCUGAUAACGGGCGGGAGUAAAUGGGUUUAUGUGGUGGCUACCCUUUGGUUUUGGAAUAAAAAGCUACGUCUCUUUUUGCUCGAUGGGAUUACCAUCUCGGUGUUGCGAUGCGGGCCGUUACGAUUAUAACGAUUAUGCUGCCGUGCUGUACAAGGAUCCGGGAUGAAAGACAUGGACAUUGGCCGGCAUUGCCUCUAUCUGCUAUAGGCUCCCAAACAUUGCCAUUCGAUAUGGUAGUUUGCGCCUAGAGAGCUGAGAGGUAUUCGCCGGCUUCGUGGUAUACUUUCAACGUGAACUAGAUGAUUCUCAGUUUCCUUUUCGCGUCUCAAUCUGGAUAUCCAAAACUGUGUUUAGAAUAAGGGCUUAUGCAUUGAAUACAAUUGACG